CUAGAUAUCUGAUUUAGAAUUUAGUAUUAAACAUUUGCAUUCAUUUAUGUAUGAAUAAGAUGAGGUGAAAUCUGGUCAUUUUAUAGUACAGUACUUCAGUUCCUAGGCUGGAGGAAAUAAACAUAAGACAAGAUUGUAUUAUUUUGGCCAUAUGCUUGUCUCCCUGAGACAUUAAAAAGAGAAUGAAAAACCUAAGUGCAGAUUUAUGGCUUUACUCAAAGAUCACUAAUUUCAACUUUAGUCAUGUUCCUGCAGAACCCAAAUACACAACCGUAUUUAAAUCCACUCCCAAACCAUACUCAUGAAUUUCUGUAUAGAGCUUUGCUCUUCUACUACGCAAGAUUUUUUUCCUUUUCCAUUUCCUUUGUAUUUAAUCAGUGUACAUUAAACAGCUAGAAUAAUUUGCUGAAGAAACGAUCCACAUUGGAAUCAUGAGCUCAUUGCUUAGUAGUCGAUUUCAGAUGAUUCCAUGUGCUUAUCAAAUGGUAUUUUCUCUUAAUUUGAUUAGCUGCACAAGCUAACAAUCUAUGGCCAUCUAGAUCAUUUCAUCCUGCAUAUGGUUUCUUUCAUUGUCUGGCAUUAGCAUGCUGGUCAUGUUGCAUAUUUGGUUCAGUUAGCUCCCCAUCAGUCUAUACACUGCUGUUCAUAAAAUACACAGCUGUUUAUUUUUGUUUGUUUUUUUUUCUAUUGCAGUAGAGCAGUGGUUCUCAAACUUUUAUACUGGUGACCUCUUUCGCACAGCAAGCCUCUGAGUGCAACCCCCCCUUAUAAAUUAAAAACACUUUUAAAUAUAUUUAACCCCAUUAUAAAUGCUGGAGGCAAAGCGGGGUUUGGUGUGGAGGCUGAUAGCUUGCGACCCCCCAUGUAAUAACCUCAUGACCCCCUGAGGGGUCCAGACCCCCAGUUUGAGAACCCCUGCAGGUAGAGCCCAUGGACCCAUAUUUGUGCUGGGAAAACAGACAGUCCUACUCCAAGAGCUUACUUUUCCCCACCAUUGUUUCCCUUAUUUACUUAGACUGUAAGGGGAAGCAACAUGCAAACAGAGUGAUCAGAGUGAUAGAUUGCAAAUAUCACAUUAGCUCCACAUUCUUCCUUUGUUCAGUGGUGGUGGUGGUUGUUUCUAUCUAUGACUGCUGAAAUAAGGCUUAUGAUAGCUUUAUUUGAAUAAUUGACCUAUACUGAAUUAUUCCCUUAAAAGGAUUUUAUUAUUCUGUAUGUAACAGAGAAACGCAGGAAAUGGAUAUUAAUUUCUUCGAGUUAUGCCUGGCUUACUGUCAUAACUGUAGUAAUCACCACAUACCAGAUUAUUUCUUUACUUGUUCCUCUUUUUCUCAUCAGAGAGCUAUAUGUGUAAGGUCUGACUUCUAAGGUAUAUGAUCCCAUGCCUCCUCCAAAUGUUUUUAGAAUAAUGCAUUUAAAUACAGCUUUAAGUUUAGGUGUUUUUUUUCCCGUUCCUUCUUUUUGUCUUCCAUAUUUCAUUUAUCUUACUCCUAUUUUCAUUUUCUUUAUUUGUUUUCUAGUUUACUCCCAUCUCUCCACAUACUUCCUUCUUAUGUCCUUGUUCCCAUUUCUCUCUGCUUCUACUACCUCUCCAGUCUAUUCCCAUUCUGGUGAUUCCUCCUGUUUCUUUUUCUGUACCCUAAUAUUGUGAUCCUCCCCAUACCACUAUCUUGAUUUUCCUUCUUAAACCUCCUAUUCCCACGCCUGUCCUUCUCUUGCUCAUGUUCCAAAGGAGACUUUCUCAGAGCUUAGCACCAAACCAUUAGUUGUAGAGCAGAGGCCUGUUGGAAUCUGGUCUAGAAUCCUUUUUGAUUUUUUUUUUUUUUUUUAAUGCCAUCAGUAUUGUUUCCAUUGAUCUCCUGGUAGUGAAGUCCAGAAUUUUGAUUCUUUUAGAACUGUCUGUAGCAUCUGCUAUGCUGUUGGCCAUCUGUGAACUCUAACUAGUGUGGACAUGAUUGCUCUUGAUGGUUUUGUUUUUGUCCUGUGUGAGAGAUCCCAGAAGUGGUUGUAAGUGGGUAAUCAUUUAAUCAGAUACAAUAACGUGUAGUAUGAUUUUUAGAAUGAAUGGAAUUCAGUGAACGUAAUAAUGUGUACUGUAAAACCUCACCAAUUUGCACUUUGCUAAUCUGCAAAAACAAUAAUUAAAAAAAAUAAAUUAGUCAUGGUUAACAUCUCCUGCGAAGAUGUAGGACCAGAUUGUUCUUGAGAGUGUAUAGGGAAGGUAACACAACACUCCCACCAUUUUACACACAUUAAAAGGGCCAGAGACAAUCCAUGUAAUGUCUGUGCUUGGGGGAGCACAUGGACUGCUGCUCCUUGGGACAAAAAUCAACCAAAUUGGCUGUGGCUAAUCUUUCCUUUGUAUUGGCCACAACAAGGAAUAGUCCACAGUCCCUCCUCAAAUACCCAACUGUAGUAGUGAAGUUCUCUGUCGUAGUCGCCCUCCCCCCCAGCUUAAAGUUGUGCCUAAUGGCACUAUUUAGCCCAGAAUUAGUUGAAAGCUGUGGUGAGGUCUCGGAUUACUAAAACUUCAUAGUGUAUGAGUUAAUAUACUGUCGUAUUUGUCACAAGGAACGAAAACUAAACUGUUAAGAAAGUGCCAUUGGGGAGUGGAGAGUACAUAUUUUUUGUAAUUUAUGUAUCUUUCCUGAGUGUUUUUUACUUUCAGUGCAUCACAUUAUCUUCAGUUACACAUGUCACCAGUGACUCCAGGUGUUUUAAAUGUCACAAAAGCGUACAUUUCUAACAGAAAAACAUGCAAGCAUAACCACAUUAGCCAACAGCAAGCUAAGGUUUAAGCAUUGCGGCUUAGCCUACGUAAGCACUAUUUAAGUUGAAACAUAGCAAGAGGAGCCAGAGAAUGAGACAUAAAGGUUGACUUUCCAUUCUUUCACGGCUUGUCAUUGAAGGAGGCAUUCUGUAUAACGUUGUAUCCCCAGACACAUCCAAUAGCAAAUUAAGGACACUGUCACUAUUGAACCCUAAAAUGUUAAUUGCAUUUUAUAUAAUUUGAAAAUGUUAGUCCCCAGGAGUUCCUUUGAUAUUAAUUUCUGCUGUUUUGUAUUGACUUUUUGGGGAAUUUUUUUUGGCAGCAUGUGUAAGUGUAUAUGUGUACAAUAAACUAUAUAGUAAAAAUUGUUAGCCAUAAUCGUGAUUUUAUAUGCUGCUAUUAGUUUGUCACAAACUUCCUGUUAAAUGCAUUUUUCUUUGUUUAUGCGCAUUUUUGAAAGGAGAAGAAAAGCUUUCUGAAAUUAAUGAGAUUUGGUGAAAUAAGCCAAGUGAUCAUGAUCUUGUAAUAUAAAAAUGCUUUGAGGAUUUACUAAAUAGGUCAGCUGAUUUUGACUUGGGUCGUAUGUCAAAUCAAUGACUGAAAAAUCCAAGUGGGGUUUUCAGGGUUUGACACUGGGUUUAAUUCUAUGUUCAACAGCGUGACUUUGCUCUAGUAGCUUCCCAGGUAUCAAUGUAUAAAACAUUCAAUUUGUGAAUACCUGGAGGAUGCAGGGGUGAUCAUUAGCAGCCAGCAUGGAUUUACAUUCCAAACCAGUUUUAUUUCCUCCUCUGACAGGGUAACUGGUUUGGUGGAUAGGGGAAUGUGGUGGACAUAAAACACUUGGACUUAGGAUGGUGUCAAAAGCCCUGCCUACAUGACAUUCUGAUAAAUCAGUUGCGGAGAAAUGCCUUCUCCAUGGAACUACUAUUUCUGAAGAGCUGAGUGGCUUGCCAUGGGGAACCAUGUAGGAAAACGAGAUCAGAGUGCUGAGAAGGCUAUUAAGGAGACAAAAGUGGAGGAAGUGGAGGAAACUGAAAAUAAAGGAAGCCCCAAAGCAGCCAGACUACCCAAACAAUCCUCAGAAGAUAAUGAAGUGUUUGGAGAGGCAGAUGUGAACCAGAACAAUGGGACCUCCACUAAGAGCACAGCGGUGACAGACUCCAAGGGCACAGCAGACUCAAAGAAUGCCUGGAAGGAGGCCAACCCAGCUGACACAGUUGGUCGCCCCCACUUGAUCCGCCUCUUUUCCCGAGAUGCCCCAGGAAGGGAGGACAACACCUUCAAAGAUCGGCCCUCAGAGUCAGACGAGCUACAGACCAUUCAAGAGGACAGUGCUGCAACUUCAGAGAACUCGGAUUUGAUGGCUUCACAGAAACGCUCCUCUUUCCGGCACGGAUCAAAAAUGGCAACUGCAAGCACCAUAGACCAUGCUAGACAUGGAUCUCCAAGGCACAGAGACUCGGGUCUACUUGACUCGCUGGGCAGAUUCUUUGGAGGAGAAAAACAAGUUCCCAGGAGGGGCUCGGGCAAGGACAUACAUGCAGCCAGAGCUAGCCAUGUAGGUUCCAUGCCCCAGAGGUCUCAGCACGGGCGGCCUGGUGAUGACAACCCAGUAGUCCAUUUCUUCAAGAACAUCGUGUCACCUAGGACACCACCCCCAGUGCAGGCAAAGGGGAGAGGAUUAUCCCUCGCCAGAUUUAGCUGGGGAGGUGAAGGACACAAGCCAGGGUAUGGAGGAAGUGGCAAAUUCUCCGAGCAUAAAUCUGCUUAUAAGGGACAUAAGGGAUCAUACCAUGAUGGCCAGGGCACUCUUUCCAAAAUCUUUAAACUGGGAGGAUCUGGUUCUCGACCUGGAUCGCGGUCUGGUUCUCCAGUUGCUAGACGCUGAAGUUCUAAGAUGCCAUUCAAGGAUCACACACUCUGCUUCAUAAGAUAACUGCCUAAAAUUUUAAUAAUAAUUGCAAGAAGUACAUAGAUAGAAACAAUCUGUUACUUAAUGUCAUUUGAGUUGUGCAUGCAGUAGGAUUAUAUAAACUUCUAUUGGCAAUCCCUGACCAACAGUUGAAUGAAUGAAACACACAAAGUAGCUUUAUUUGCUAUCUUCAUUAUUUUAAGUAAAAUAACAAGAUCCCCCACUUUAUUCAUUCUUCUUCAGGAUGCCCCAACUGCAUGUUAGAUUUUAUUUAUUUUUUCUCCAAGCCCCACAAGUCUUCUGAUUUUUUUUUUCAUUGAACACCACAAUUGGAAAUGCAGAGCAACUGUCUUGGUUUUUGAGCACUGCCAUUAAAGGAUUUCUUAAAUACUGCUGUAAAAAACAUGUGCAGAAGUUGUAAGGACUGUUUAUCCGAACACUUUUUUGUUUGGGUUUAUUUUUGUUUAAUGUCACUUCUCUCAGAAUAUUUUACUUUUCAUAACAGGAUUAGGCAGUCAUGGAAAGGUUUAAUAAACUUCGGGAGUUCAAGGUAUGUGAAAUGUGGAAGAGGGCAGCUGUUACAGUAUCAAUGAGACGCAAAGCAAUAGUAAUAAGGAAAUUCCUUAUUUCUACAAAUUGCUCAUCACACCCAAGCCAUUAGAAUUAAGUGUGGCCGAGAGAGAAAGAAAGAGGAUUUCAAACUUGGGUUAGACUAAUGUCUUACAACAAAAAACAAGGAAUAUUCCCAAAGAAGAAACAUCUAAGAUUGCACAUGACCACUGCAUGUCACUGUUGCUCCAUGCAGACACUGCUACAACAGCAUUUCUUUAGCAGUUAAAGAAUAAAACAAAAAUAGUCUAAUUUGUGAAAGAAAUAAAGCCCUUCAGCAUUGAGAUUUCAGAUAGUCUUGCACAUCUCAAGUUAGAAUUACUAAUAGUUUUCUUGUUACUGCAGCAGUGUUAAACUUGGAAAGCUUGUCUUCUGACUAAAAAGAUGCCUUUAAUGGCAGUGCACCAAAGCAAACUAGUAGUAAACUGUAAACUACUGUGAACAUUUAACUGUUGCAUUGUAGUUGCCUUAUAGAAAUUAAAUCUAAUUCAUUAGUUAGCAUUUAACAUUAAUUGUUCACAAAUCUACUAAAAUGUACACAUGUGGCAAUGGUAUUUCCAACCAUAUGUAGGAAAAAAGCUCUUCUGAAUUGCACUAUUUUAUAACAAACUUUAAUAUUUUUUGAGAUUACCCUCCUUUACUGAUUCAGUGUUUUUUAUUUUAGCGUAUAUGUUGUAGACUCUAUAUUUAAUGCUAAGUUGUCACUCAGUUUCAGCUACACUACGGACUGUCAGGAGUAGCCAAUGUUAAUGCCAACUGACAUAUACUGUAUGUUGUUAAUUCUGUUUUGUCUCUAAAUCUACUGUAGAUUUAAAGCACUGUCCAUUAAUAUGCAGCAGUGAAAGAUGAGAGGGAAGGAAAACAUAGGAACGAAAGACAACGGAAAAACAGCAAAAUUGUUAAACACAUACCUAUUACAUCUUCCUUAAGCUAUAUUGUUGUCUGGCUAUACUGGAAGGAAAGGAGACAGUGAAUAUGGUUUAACCAGGCUGCAAUUUUGUUAUUAGGUGUCUGGGACUACCCGUCAGAUAAAAGUGUACGGUGCAGGUAACACCAUGAUCAUUUCAACAUUUUCCUGGGGAUUUCUGCCAGCCUCCCCACCCCUUUUUUUCCAUCCUGGUCCCCAGCCAGUCCAUUGUUGGGACCUUACCAUCAUCCCACUCUCAAAUAAUGAGGGUUAAGGUGGGGUAUAAAGAAAGGAGGGGGUGGCUCCCUGGUCCCAGUCAUAGGCGCUCCAACCCCACCCCACCCCCAGCCCAUUCCACUCCUUUAACAAACAAACAAACUCCUUUAAGUUGUUUACCAAGCCAUUUAUCUGAUCACUGUAUCCCUUCCCUGUGGAGUACCUGCACUGGACAUCCGCCCCAUACUUACAUAAUGAGUUGCGACAUCAUAGCCUAACUCCCUUCCCUACUCACCAUAACAAAUCUUCCCCCCGCCACCCUCGGGAAAAUGCUAUGGGGAAGGUAAAAAUCUCCCACUCCAGUUUGGCUAAUCUGGUGGUGAGAGAAAAAUUCCUUCCUGGCCUCCCAAGAAAGGAGUGGCUAGUGCAGUGCCCACUGUGAUCCCCAUCAAACCUGCUUUUUUGCCACUUCCAAGAUUGCGAGGCUGGGUGCUACUCCAUCUGGUCCAGAGAAAGGUUUUCUCCUGUUGGGCUUGCCCUUUAUCAACUCUGCAGCCCUUCCGGUUCCUGAAGGAUGAACACUGACCCAUUCUGCUUUUGCAGCGGUAUCUGUGCCUCUCUCCCCCUCCACACUCUUGAAGUGAUAUACUCCUUCCCCUAGCAAGCUGGACAACACCCUUCGCCCCCCACCAGCUGUGGUGCAGUCAUUGGCUAUGUGUAUUUUUCUAUAUGUAGCUUCACUCAGAUGUAUACUCCACAACAUAAUAGUAAAUUUAAUUUAAAUGUGUACUGUUCACAAAAGCGUAGGAAUACAGCUUUUAAAAACAUUCAUUAUUGAAAUAAAAUAAUCAACUUGUAAUGACAUUUGGACCAGUUUGGUUUUCUAAGCUUUAUAAAAUACUGUAUGCAUAUGUAUGUUUUUCUGUAAAAUAACACUUUUGGUAACAGGUAAAAAAUACAAUAAAAAAUUAAAUUUAAAAA